UAAACAUUAUUAAUCAUGCGUAUGAAAUCAUCGAAUCCUCUCGUUGUUGGUAAUGUAAUUGGAGAUGUUUUAGAUCCAUUCAUAAAUUCAGUAUCUCUAAGAGUUGUUUAUGAAAAUAACAAAGAAGUGAUCAACAGUGGUGAGCUCAAACCUUCUCAAAUAGUGAAUCCACCAAGAGUUCAAGUUGGUGGAAAUGACUUCAGGACUCUUUACACUCUGGUGAUGGUGAACCCUGAUGCACCAAGCCCUUGUAAUCCUCAUAUGAGAGAAUACCUGAAUUGGAUGGUAACCAAUAUUCCAGCAACUACAGGAACAACGUUUGGGCAAGAGAUAGUGAGCUAUGAAAGUCCAAGACCAACAUCAGGAAUUCAUCGUAUCAUCUUUGUGCUGUUUCAACAACCUUGUAGACACACUAUAUUACCACCUGGAUGGCGACAGAAUUUCAUUAUUAGAGAUUUUGCAGAAAUUUAUAAUCUUGGAUCACCUGUUGCUGCUCUCUAUUUCAACUGUCAGCGACAAAAUGGUUCUGGUGGAAGGAGGAUGAUCAUAUAAUAAUUAAUCAUUAGUUAUAAUUUAAACAUAUCC